CCACCUCUCAUUUCGCCCCAAAUCAUUCAAAUUUCCAUUUUACAACUAACCUUUGAUUGCCCUAAUUCGAAACAAAUUUAUCCUUAUUUCCCUUUCCGCGAAAGGAGAUUGUGUUUCGAUCGCCUGGACGCUUGAAGAGUUCUGGCGUCUCCACGACGGAAUCCUGCACCUCGAUUCGGAAAAGCUGCUUCUUGCAACGGUUGGAGACCGUGUUGUCGUUUCUAUUCCAAAUACGAGACGUGAUUGUUCGAUAAAUUGUAGACGGCAUGUCGUUUCUGUUGGCGCUCUUGUAACACUUAUUUGUGCGUUUGCGCCUCCGGUGUUUGGAUCGACAUGGGAGUUGAUUAUUACAACAUAUUGAAAGUGAAUCGGAAUGCCACCGACGAUGACCUUAAGAAGACAUACCGCCGGCUGGCGAUGCAAUGGCACCCGGAUAAGAAUCCAAAUAAUAAGAAGGAGGCAGAGGCCAAGUUCAAGCAGAUCUCUGAGGCAUACGAGGUGCUAAGUGAUCCAAAUAAACGGGCAAUAUAUGAUCAGUAUGGAGAAGAGGGCUUGAAGGGCAUGCCUCCUCCUGGUUCACAAAGUGCUACAUCGAAUGGCACAACUUGUCCUAGUAACUUUAAGUUUAAUCCUCGUGAUGCUGAAGAUAUCUUUGCAGAAAUUUUUGGGAGCAACAAUCCUUUUGGUUUUGAAUCCAUGAACCGUGCAAAAUCUACGAAGUAUCAAAGAGAUGGGAAUGGUACAUUUGGUGGUUUUGGUAGGACAAAUAGUACUUUCAGGCCAUAUGCUGAGGGACCUGCUGGUCCAAGCAGUAGCCAGCCAAGGAAACCACCAGCUGUAGAGAACAACCUACCUUGCAGCCUUGAAGAGCUCUACACUGGAUCCAAAAGGAAGAUGAAGAUCUCCAGGAAUGUCUUACAAUCUAAUGGACGGACUACUGUGGAAACAGAGAUUCUAACUAUUGAAAUCAAGCCUGGAUGGAAAAAAGGCACCAGGAUAACUUUUCCGAACAAAGGAAAUGAACAAGUGAACCGACUCUCAGCUGAUCUUGUCUUCAUUGUUGAUGAGAAGCCACAUGAUGUUUAUAAGCGGGACGGCAAUGAUCUCCAAGUCCACCAGAAAAUCUCUUUGGUUGAUGCACUUGCUGGGACUACAAUAAAGUUGAAGACUCUUGAUGGCCGCGAUUUGUCGGUCAAGGUUACCGAUGUAGUAAUCCCUGGCUAUGAACUUGUCAUUGCAAAGGAGGGGAUGCCAAUUGCUAAGGAACCAAACAACAAAGGUAACUUAAUUAUCAAGUUUGAUGUGAAGUUCCCAUCGAGGUUGACACCAGGCCAGCGAGGUGAUAUCCGACGUGUCCUAGGAGCUUGACUACAACGAAUGUGAAGUACUCUGAUACAAGACUAAAAUUUCCAUUCAUCCACCUGGAUUCUUUUUACUGAAGAUUUCAUGAUUUGUUGGAACUUACAUUCUUAUUUAGAUAUUAAUCGUUUAAACUACUGGCUUACGGCAUGACCAUAAUCUACCUAACUUAUGAUUAUUCUUUGACACGAGAUUUAACUGUA